AGUCCUUCGGGUCUCUGAGGCAGGCAGCUAAAGAUAAACAGGUCAAAUCAAACCAUCAUCAACUAGCCAACACCCCCUGUUUUCCAACCCCGUUUCUUACAAUUAUCCGCAGAACCCCACAUGAGAUUAUUAUAUUCUAAUCCCUCUUCAUAGGAAAUCGUUUAUCUUUUUCUGUUUCAAUUAAUGAUCAACGCCAGUCAUGGUUUAUGUUGAAACUCAGAUAGGAGAGGCCAACUCUUGCUCUUUCAGGCGUUGAAACCAGUUUGAAGGGUUGAAUUAGUGGUGAUCUUCUCGUUUUAAUCGGAGUUUCCGUUUACAGGGCAGUGAUGCCAGGCCCAGGUCCACACAUGAUGUAUGCGAUGGGAUCGGCGCUGGGAUUUAUGCGAGUUUCUAACGGUCGGUUCAACGCCCACCACGGGUUAACUUACACCAUCAACGCCUUCUUCGGUCCCGACAUUGGUCCCUUCUUCGAAUGGGUCGGUUCCUUCUUCUCUGACUCGUUCGGCUCCGCUAUAGCCAAAGCCAUUCACCACCCUUUUUAUUAUUUCUUGAUUCUCGGCUUCCCUAUGUGUGUUCUUUAUUCUUGGCUCUCCAGGUUUUUGCUACUUGGAGGACUUCUUGAUUCGGAUUCUGGGGUGCCCCUGUCAAGGAGGCAGUGCUUAUUGUUGGUCUGCGCUGGUUCUUUAUCUCACUUUUUCCUUGACCAUUUAUUUGAGGUAAAGUUUGGAGUUUGAUAUGGUUUGUGAUUGACUAUAGUUGUCUUUCUUUUUUAUUGAAUAAUUGGUUUUCAUUUGCCUUGGACAAAAGUAAACCUAACCACGG